CAGUUUUUCCUUGCGCGAUCAUGAACCGUAUGUGGAAGCUGCCAAUACGAAGAUCAGUCAGCACCGAAAGGUGCCUUUGGCUGGCUUGGCUGCGCUCUUGACAUAAUCCACAAUGUCCAUAGCAAGUUCGCCGAGUCAGAGCCCUGUUCGGCAGCGUUGCGCCAGGUGUGGACUAUCGCUGGAAAAUGCAUCUUUACUGUUGGUUUGCGAACACAAUCUUUGUUUACACUGUGCUGCGCAACUGCUGGAGAAAGGUCCACCCAGCGCGGCACGGCGACAGCAUGUGGUUGCCUGUAAGGUUUGCCACGCAGUGACUGAGGUGGACUAUCCUGCAGCGUCAUACCUUGAGAACCUUCUAUCGCCAAGUACAACAAGGCUUCCAUGUGGCAGCGAUGGGUCUACACAUGUGGCAGCUGUGAGCGCUUGCUUGGAUAGUCCAGCAGCUGGAACAGUUUCUCAUGCAUCGGAUGAUGGAUCUUUUGCGGUGCUUACGACUGUGUCUGAAGGGCCCAGGCAAAAAACUCCGCUGUCAGAGAAGCUGCACACAUCUGGCAAGUCUGGCAAGGAUGCUGUAGAUUCUGUCAAAAGGCCUGAAGUAUUUUGUUGGAGUUCAACCAUAGCUGCGGACAGCAAGUGGGAAGGGAAACCAGUAGCAGCGACUUCGGGGCAAAAGUGUGGCCAGUGUGAGGACAAGGUCGCUAGUCUCUUUUGCAAUCAAUGCGAAGAAGUCUUUUGCAGCAAUUGUGCCUCGACGGUCCAUCGAUUGGGAAGGAUGGCCCGGCACAAUGUCCAGCAGCUUGAACCAAAGAGACUCUGCCCUUCCACAUCAGGCCAGAAGUUGCGGCCAUUGAACCGAACUUUUCAUGCCUGCCCAUACCAUCCUGAGGAGCCUCUGAAUUACUUCUGUAUUGAAUGCCAAUCGGAGUGCAUCUGCGCCGAGUGUUGCUUGCAUGGCAAGCACCGCGGUCACGAAGUCCAAUGCGUUUUGGAGGCAGUUAGCGCAACUGACAAAAAUGUGGAAGAACUUCGUGCAGCUCUUUGUGCCCAAGAGGAUUCGUUGAAAUCUAUGGUGACCCAAAUUCAAGAGAGAAGGCUUGAGCUGGCGCGAGCUUUGGCAGAGUGUCAGCAGGACAUGCGAAUGGCUUUGCAGAAGGCGCACACAGCAGUAAAACAGGAGGAAGGAAGAUGGUUGCAGGAAGCGCAGGAUGCAGAGAAUGUUGACAUGUCAACCCUUUUCCCACAAGCCGAGGGCGGGAUUGGAGAGCUGCAAAGACAGCUUUCCAUGUCCUUUCAGUCUGGUGACCCUGUGCACACACUUGUGUGGUUCGCCAAGUUGAAAGAGGCCCUGGCUACACCCGCUGCAAGCAGUACAGGUGACGCAUUGCAGCGCCUAAGAUCCAGACAAAGCCACUUCAGCGAGAAGUGCUUGGCCUUACAGCAGGCAGCCGAAAGAUUGGCUUUGGUUGAGCCACAGCUGUCACCAGGAAAAGCCAUGCCGCCACUAUUGAGGAGCUGCAGCGAAAGAGAGAAACCUAGAUCAGCGCGGAUCCAGAGGUGAAGAGUGUCGGCAUGUUAGAGAUUCCCUGUAUCACAUGUCUAUGCGUGCUAAUAGCACGUUGCGAACCCAAAGUGGCCGUACUUGUACAGGAACGCAUCUUAUUGAGUAACGAACAAAUGGAAAUGGAACAAACAUUUCCAGUGAACGUGGAGUUAAUGAUUGCAACAUAUUGCAACACCAAGAACGUGUCGCCGACCCUUGUUAC